UCUUGGCUCGGCUGGCGACGAUACACCUGGCUGGACUUGGUCCCGGGCCGGAGAACUCACCUGGAUCGACGAGGCUCGCGGAGGGAUUCGGGGCAGCGCAGGUACCCAAAUUGAGCAAGAUGAAGGUUGCUCUGAUGGGAAACGAGGUGUUUCUGCCCAUCACAGAACUGCUCAUCGCUUUCACUGUUUGCUGUCUGGUCCUGAUGGCCAUAAAAACCUUCUGGAAGCCGAUCCCAAAGGGCCUGAAGAGGGUCCCGGGGCCGAGGGGCUACCCUUUGAUUGGCAACAUGCUGGACCUAGGAAAGAACCCCCACCAGGCCUUGGCGAAGAUGAGCCAGAAGUACGGGGACGUGAUGCAGAUCCACCUGGGCACCAGGCCCGUGCUGGUGCUGAGCGGGCUGGAGACGAUCCGGCAAGCGCUGGUGAAGCAGGGAGAAGACUUCAUGGGGCGCCCCGACCUCUACAGCUUCCGGCACAUCAGCGACGGCCAGAGCUUGACCUUUGGCCGCGACUCCGGAGAGGUUUGGCGGGCCAGGAGGAAGCUGGCCCAGAACGGCUUGAAGACGUUCUCGGCCUCGCCCAGCCCGACCGCCUCGACCUGCUUGCUGGAGGAACACGUCUCCCAGGAAGCCGACGCCCUGAUCCUGAAGCUGCAGGAGCUGAUGAAGGAGAAGAGCUUCGACCCUUACCGCUGGCUGGUGGUCUCCGUGGCCAACGUCAUCUGCGCCAUGUGCUUCGGCAAGCGCUACAGCCACGACGACGUGGAGCUGCUCAGCAUCGUCAACAUGAACAACGACUUCGGCGAAGCAGCCGGGUCGGGGAACCCGGCCGACUUCAUCCCCAUCCUCCAGUAUCUUCCAAACCGGACCAUGAGGGCCUUCAAGGAUCUGACUCAGCGUUUCUCAGCGCUCGUGCUGAAGAUCGUCAGAGAGCACCACAGCAGUUUCGACAAGGAUCACAUCCGAGACAUCACGGAUUCCCUGAUUGACCACUGCCAAGAUAAAGUGGACGAGAAUGCCAAUGUCCAGCUCUCAGAUCACACGGUUGUCCAUAUUGUCGGCGACCUCUUUGGUGCAGGUUUUGAUACCGUGACCACCGCUCUGUCCUGGUCCCUCAUCUAUCUGGUGACCAAUCCGGAAAUCCAGAAGAAGAUUCAGGAUGAAAUAGACAAAACCAUCGGCCGAGAAAGGAAGCCCCGGCUCUCCGACCGCUCUAAGCUGCCUUACACGGAAGCCUUUUUGCUGGAGAUGUUCAGACAUUCUUCCUUCCUGCCCUUCACAAUCCCUCAUUGUACCUCACUAAUGAGAAACCACUUGGAAUGGCUUCUACAUCCCUUAAAAACAUUCGUGUGUUCACAACCAAUGUGCAGGUCAACUACGGCUAUUUGAAAAACUUUGGAAGGACCCUUCUUCGUUCCGGCCGGAACGUUUUCUCACCGCCGACGGGGCUGGGAUCAAUCGCGUGGAGAGCGAGAAGGUUCUGACUUUUGGUUUGGGGAAGAGAAGAUGCAUCGGCGAAUCCAUCGGCAAAGGGGAAGUCUUCCUUUUCUUGACCACCCUGCUCCAGAAACUCGAAUUCAGCGUGUGCCAGGGACAGACGGUGGACACCACGCCCCUCUACGGACUCACAAUGAAACAUAAGAAAUGCGAACACUUCCAGAUCAGGCUGCGUUUCUAAAGAGCAACGCCGGAAGCGGACAGACUGUUUAGGAAUGUUUCUUCCUGUCUGCCUCGCCUUGUUUUAAAUUUUGCCCUGGAGUGGCCAGGCUGAAACUUGUGAGCGUGACAUCAUUUCUUAGUAAAGAGACAGAGGUGCUCUUAUGGUGCCACGUCUAACCGGAGGCUGCAGAAAACUUAACGCUUCCAAGAUUCAGAGCAAACGCUGGCCCAGACGGGUGUACACUAUCUAGCAUUUUUAAUCAGUUGCAACCAUUGUGAGAUGUAAUGGACUGAAAAGAGCAUUUCUUGUAGGCGAAGACCUCCAUGGUGGGGGCAGAAACAUAACCCUUAAAGACACGUGAAAUGUACAGAAGCAACUGUCAAACAUGAUGGGUGGAGGUCUUGUGAAAUGCUAUCGGGAUGCCAUUUCUGCACGCCUCGCUUUUUAAUAACGCUGCAGGAGUCAUACAGAGGUAGUGUAGUGGUUAGAGCUGUAGCAUAGGAUUCGAAUUCAGUUGCCCACUCAGCUGCCAAGCUCUCUGCUUGGUACAGCAUGAUCAAAGGCCAUACUUUCCUACCUCCAAGGGUUGUUGUGAGUAUAAUAUGGAGGAAUAGAGUUGCAAUUCUUCCCCCUCCUUUUGACCCUUAAAGAGUUGGCAAUCGUGUUUGCUCCUUUUAGUGUCUUGAACACGAUUUACGUUCCAAAAUGAUGUAGCAGGCUCUCGGCUUUUUAAAAACACUUAUGAGACCGCAGUCGAUAGAGCUUGCUCCUCUUCCGUUCAUUUUGACAGAGUUUCCUCAGGAAGUCUUUCGCCGAUUGUUCUCGAAAUCUUGGCGUCGAAAUAUCUGCACUAAGUGGACGGAGCUCUUCACAGUAGUCAGUUCUUGCCAGGUUUGGAGACAGAUGGAAGCUGUCCAGCCAGCAUGGGGUAGUGGGUUAAGUGGCGGACUCUCAUCUGGAGAACCCAGGUUUGAUUCCCCGCACCUCCACGUAAGCAGUGGACUCUUAUCUGAUGAACAAGAUUUGUUUCCCCGCUCCUG